AUGUUCUCCUCUACGCGCCGCUGGCUGCGCAACAAUAGGACGCCCAUUGCCAUUGGUGUUGGCAUCAUUGGCGCGGGAUACGUUGCCACCCAAUAUGUCUUGAACAAGAUCAAUGAUGCGCGCGAGCGUAUGAGCAGCGAUCGCAUCGCCAAGGAGAACCUCCGGCGCCGCUUCGAGCAGAACCAAGAAGACUGCACCUUUACCGUCCUCGCCCUGCUUCCCACCGCUACCAGUAAUGUCAUUGGUGUUAUGAACACGGAACAAAUCACAUACGAGAUUCAGCAGAUCAAGGGCUCUACAAAGGGCUUGAAGAGUGGUGUCUCUGAGUCGACGACUAGUCCUCCCAGCAUUGCGGACACUACCAUGACCGAGGAGGAUGGCAAGAGCAUGGCUACUUCGGCUAGCAUGCAUAGCGAGAGUGGCAUUCAUGCGAGCCAGAUUGCUUCGCCUACGCCCUUCUCUGCUGCCGCUGGCCAAGACGCCGCCCAACAGGAUGGUGCAGUUUCGCCGAGAGUAUCUCGCAAGACAAAGCGACAGCUUUGGGACGAUUUAACAAUCAGCGCCGUUACCCGAGCCUUCACUCUCAUUUACACACUCGCUCUCCUCACAAUGUUGACUCGCGUCCAACUGAACCUCCUUGGCCGGCGGAGCUAUCUAUCUAGCGUCGUAGCUCUCGCCACUGGCUCCCAGCAAGCCACCAUUAGCCUCGAAAACAACGACGAUGAUAAUCCUGAGCACGCAUACGGCAGCGACUUUGACACCAACCGCAAGUAUCUCACCUUUAGCUGGUGGCUCUUGAAUAAGGGCUGGGUGCAAGUCAUGAACCGUGUUGAAAGUGCAGUACGAACUGUGUUUGGAAGUCUUAGCCCCCGCGACUUGGUCAGCUUUGAUCGAUUCAGUGACCUCACCAUGGAAGUCCGGAAGUUGGUCGAGGGUGCAACCGCAGAGGAACGUCGACAAGCAGACUGGUUAACCUUCUUGCUCCCCCCCCGCGAUCAGGAGGAAGACGUUAUUCGCCAGUCGGGCAUCCUGGAAGACAAUUCCAUGCAGGGAGGUGCCGCUGCUGAACCCUCACCCGCUGCCCUUAGACGGCUGCUGGACGAGACGGCCGACCUGAUCGAGUCGCCUUCCUUCUCACACGUCCUCACCCUUAUCCUGGACGCUGCCUUUGAAACGCUGGUUGACAAGAAGCUAGCCACGGAAGCAUUUGAGCUUCCUUCUCAAUCGCCCUUCCCGCCGCCAGAGUCCAUGGAGCUUCGUCACUCUAAACUCAUCCUCCUACCCAAGAUCUUAUCAGUCUUGACCAGGCAAGCCCACGUCAUCGGCAACGGUGUACCCAACGAGUACCUCACAGACAUGGAGACAGUACGUGCUCUGGAAGCCUUUGCGGCUGUGGUCUACUCGAGUAACUGGGAGAACGAGAUCCGCGACGAAGGCAUCAUGGGGAGCGCCGUGAACAUUAGCAAACGUGAUGUAGAGUCACAACUCCUUCAGCCUCUCGAGAAGGGGAAGCAGACGGAUGCGGGGGACAGUAUUGUCAUGGUGGAUUCACCAGGUGGCUUUGAGGAUGCGUGGGAGAAGGCGUUGCAAAAGAACUCAUGA